ACUUAUUAAAGGGAAAUAAUUUCAGUUUCAUUUUAAAGAAAACAAUAAGAAAUCAAAUUUCAGCAUCAUGGCUGAAAAUAAUGAUGCAAAUACCACAUCAUCGUCAUCUGUUGAUGGAGCAAAACCUGAAAUUGCAGAGAAAGACGAAGUCUUUGACGAAUUUUAUACCGAGGUGAAGGCAAUUGAAGAACAUGACUCAGUUUUGACAUCAAAGCAACAGCUUGAUAGGCUGAAUCGUCCUGGAUCAACAUACUUUAAUUUAAACCCAUUUGAUGUGCUACAAUGCGACCCGGACACCCCAAUGGCAGAUCUAAAAAAGAAGUUCAGACAGAUGUCACUAUUGGUACAUCCUGAUAAGAAUCCCGAUGACAAAGAUAGGUCACAGGUAGCUUUUGAAGCUGUAAACAAGGCAUACAAAACAUUGCAGAAUGAAGAAGGCAUGAAGCGAUGCAGGGAGAUAAUAGACGAGGCCAAGAUCCGGGUGGAUGAAAUGAUUAAAGUCCAAAGGAAGAAGUUGAAAAAAGAAGGGAAGCCAACAAUUGUACCAGAAGAUGAUAUAGAAAAAUAUAAGCAUGCAGUUUAUGUACAGACCUGCAAGCUGUUUGCGGACCUGGAGAGACUGAGGAUUGAGAAGGAAACAAAAGACAUGCAUGAACGAAAGAGGAAAGCCGAGGAGGAAGAAACUGAGAAGGAAAAAGAACAGGUGCAAAAAGAGUGGAACAAGAACUUUGAGGAAAGUAGGACGGGUCGUGUUGACAGUUGGCGCCAGUUUAGCUCUCAGAAGAAAUCUCACAAGAAAAUGAAGGGUACCUUUAGACCGCCCAAACCUAAACUGGAAAAAAGAUAGGACAUUACUUAUAAAAUGAAUGUGAACAGUUUGUGUCAAAGUAGAAAUAACUAAUAUCCUUUUGUCCAACAACUGGAGCAGCAUUGCAUGAACAUUUAUGAGACAUACACCGAAUUAUAGUGAAAAUGUAUCAAGUUUGGAAUUUACGCAAAAGUGUUUAAGAUAGUGCUCUGGUGUGUCACGUUUCGAACGAAACCAAACUUCAAGAUGUUACAAAGAGUCUAGGGUUAUAGUAUUCUACUGACCUUGUUAACUAUUGAUUUUGGAUAAAGGUGAAACUUUCAGGGGUAUAUUUUAACUGUAGCUGAUGUGAUUUUUGUGUACUGAAGUUGUUUGAUGUAUAUUACCUAUGACUGUGUACGGACAAUAGACCUCCAAUUAAUGUUGUUGUAGUCUUCAACUGAUGAGGUUGUUGGAAGUACAUGAUUCUGUUUAUUGUAGAAAAAUGGAAAAAUAUUGAUUGUUACAUCUUUUGACCUUAAUUUUGCAAUAUAAUGACAUGUUUAGCCAUAAUGAUUUUCUCACGUGAAAUACAUGUACACAUAUUUUUCAUCAUCGUACAAAUUUUUAUCAAGGGUAUUGGCAUGUUCAUAAAUAUAAGAAUUUGAUAAGAUAUUGUUUUGGCGUUGUCCGUCCAUCCGUCUUUCCGUCCGUCCCGAGCCAUAUCUUGGAAGUGCUUUGGCGGAUUUCAUUGAAACUUGGUAUGAGUACAUAUAUGGAUAACAGGAUGAUGCACGCCAAAUGGCAUUGUACACCAUCCGUUAAUAACGGAGUUAUGGCCCUUUUUAUCUUGAAAAAAUGCUUUUUUGUGUGUGUCUGGAGCCAUUUCUUGGAAGUGCUUUGGCAGAUUUCAUCGAAACUUGUUAUGAGUAUAUAUAUAUAUAUAUAAGAAGAUGAUGUGCGCCAAAUGGCAUUGUACACCAUCUGUUAAUAUAGGAGUUAUGGCCCUUUGUUUCUUGAAAAAAUGCUUUUUUUAGUGUCAAAUAUAAAACUUUUGUGUCCAGAAGCAUAUUGGCGGGGGAUAUCAAUUCAACGAAUUUGCUUGUUAAUUAUACAUUAUAGUAACUUCAUGUUGAUCAUCUGUAAAUACGUCUGAUUCUGAUGAAGAAUGAGAGUUCAUGUAUAUCACAAAGAAGAUAUUUGAUUUGAAAACAAUGUGCUAAAACAUG